CUGAUAACGCGAUGCCAGGUCGGCCUGCGCACGCGCUCCUCUCCGCACAGCUUUAAGCUCGCGCGCACUUAAAAAAACACCCUCAUGGAAUGGAUAGUACCGAAAACUAUUAAAAAGCAAAGUGUAGUGCUCCUGACUUAUAUAAUAAAUUAAAUUAAAAUAUUUUUGACUUGACAAUAAAUUGUGUGUUUAAGUGUAAGAAAAGUGAAAAUACACUGUGUAAUUAUAUAGAGCAGUUGCGUUAAGUUGCAAGGAUUUUUUUUUUAUUUGGACUCUGUUUUGUUGGUGCUAAAAUUGGAGCUGAAAUAUCGAUCGGAAGAUCGGCUGAAGUUUUUCUUCUGUCAAUCAAGUGUUAACUCACCGCCGCCAAGCUGUCUACCGCAAAUGAGAUCAUUUCCAACUAUCACGUCCAAGCGUUAAUAGGUGGUUGGCGCGCGAGCCCGAUGAGCGCGUGCGCGGCGGCCGCCAUGCGCGAAAAGCACGCGGCGCCGCGCCGCCUCGCCUCCCCGCCGCCUUCGCCGCUUGAGCGCCCCAGCCCGCUCGGCUCGCCGCGAGCAGACGAACCCCUCGACCUCCGUGUCACGCACAAGCGCCCCCAACGACUAGAAGAUGAGAACUGUAACCUCAUCGCGCCAUCACCGCCGCCGCACCCGACUCACCCGGCGCAUCCCGCGCAUCCAGCUCUCCUCCAGUUCUGCAGACGGCUCCCGCUGGCGCUGCCGGCGUCGUUUGGCCGCUACCCCUUCCUCCCCGCGGCGGCGGCCACCCUUCUGGCCCCCGGCGCCCCAAGAGCACCCCCAGUGCCUCCUAGCCCCGGCGCCCCCCGCGCUCGGGACCGCUACACCUGCUCGUACUGUGGAAAAGCUUUCCCUCGCAGCGCCAAUCUCACGAGACAUCUCCGAACGCACACGGGCGAGCAACCGUACCGCUGUAAAUACUGCGAGCGCUCCUUCUCGAUAUCGUCCAAUUUACAACGACACGUGAGGAAUAUCCAUAACAAGGAGCGGCCGUUCCGGUGUCGUCACUGUGAUCGCUGCUUCGGACAACAAACGAACCUGGACCGACAUCUGAAGAAGCACGAAGCGGAGAAUGGUGAUGACGGUCGCCGGCGGUCUCCGGACGAGACGUACUUUGAGGAGAUCAGGUCGUUCAUGGGCCGCGUCGCCCCCGCCGCACGCCGCGCGGCCGCCGCCGCUGCCUCCGCCGCCGACCACACCUGAUAGUGGCCUCAACCCUCGCACUUGCAAUAAUCUGGUCGAUGCAUCCAAUGACUCUUAUAUUUAAAAUUCUACAGGACUUAAUUUUGAGUUUGAGAGUUGUUACCCGAACAGGCAACAGUAUGGUGCGCCAAAACGAGACUCGUCGUUUUAAGUUAUUCACUAGUUACAAAAUUUUAUAAUUAUAUGUACAAAAUUGCAGAUUGUAAUAAGCUUUUACUGUGAAACAAUGACUAUGGAAAGUACAAAAUUGUACAAAAGGAAAUACUGCUUUAAAUGUGAAUGCGCCAAGCGCAGGUUAUGUACAGGUUCGUUACAGAAAAUGGUCUGAUAUUACAUUCCAUGUUAAACAUCUAAGCUCAGGAGCAUUUGCCGCCCGUUGGCUAUGGUAUAAGAGUGAAGUGAUAACGCAUCUCAUGUACUUAUUGUAAAUAGGUCUUUCGAUCAAAGUACGUCAUAGCUUAGUUAGCCGCAUACCGAAUUUUCACUACCGAUAGAAAUACAAAACUAGAUGUAAAAUAAUAUUCCUUGUCAUAAAAGACAUUAAAUAAGUAGGUAAAUCUAUAAUUAAGUGUUCAGAGUGUUCGAUAUAUAAUAGAGUUACAGUUUAUUGAUAAUUGUAUGAAUGUACCUAGUUUCUUUUAUAAUUAUUUUUUUGUAAAUUUUGCUUUAUUCGUUUGUAAAAUAAUUAGUAUUAUUAGUCUGAGAGGAAACGCCGGUUACCAAUAAAAAUAUAACUUGUUGCUUAUUGAAGAUAUUAUAAAUAUUUUAAUGAAAUGUUAGAAAAGUUUGUUUAAAAAAUGAUCUAAUCGCUCGAAAAUUUUUCCCUAUAUCUUUGUGUUGCGUAAAUUAUUUUGUGUUGGCUCCUGCUACUGAAAUAAUGUAGCUUCGCCGACGCAAUGGUUGUUAAGUUUCAAGAUAUUACGCAUAUUAGAAAUAUAUUUUAUCAUAUUUUGAGAUUUUUAAUUAGAAAAUAAACAAACAAUUGGAGAUUAAACGAAAGUUGUAAUUAUGUCUUCCAAAAUUUAACUAAAAUAAGAUAUGAAUCUGUGAUUUUAAUUUAUUACUGGGCUGCAAUUCGGACUUGAAAUUCAUUUGCCUACAUUCACCAUUAAAGUCUCUCAAAGAACUAAUCUAAACGUUCCUUUAAGUAGGUAUAGAUAGAUCUCUAUAAUUGUUACGAGUAUAAAAUGACGAUGAUUUACUUUAUAAUUCUCUUAUUUACUUUCCAACCAUCCUAAUGUUAUUUUAUAAAAUCUUGUAUAUAUACCUAAGAGGCAGUAAUAUUUAUAAUUAUACCUAUUCAUUCAAUGUUACCUUUGUAAAAGGCUAAUAAAGUUUUCCUUUGAUUUUUAAUGAAUCGAUCUUACAAACACGCUAUUGAAGAAACAACGAGAAAAUUAAUUGUACAAUCUUUCUAGGCACUGAGGGGUUAAAAAGGCCACAUCGAAGCAAUUCAUCUAAAAAAGCAAUAUUGCAAUUUGACAUUUGCGCAUAUAAAAGUAAGUGCGCAAUGCAAACAAAUGUCAAAUAGCAAUAUUGCUUUCUUAGAUGAAUUGCUUCGAUGUGGGCUUUCUAAACACCCUGGUUUUCUAUAUAUAAUAAGAGCGAGGAGAUUUUGUCCCCUCUAAACAAUAUCUGAAUUUUAUCGUGUUUCUAUUAGUACCUCCUAAAUUAGUAAAAAAUAUUGUUGACCCAUAAAUACUUCAGGGUUGCCUUACCUUACUGUUAUACUCGUACCAAAUCACGUUGGAAUCAAUAAGAGAUGCUAUUUAACUUAUCACUAGGAUGUCUAAGAAAUAGAGAUUAUUACCUUACGUUUUCUACUUUUGAUACCUAUUGUCGUUCAAAGGUCACCGAACACCUUG